AUGGAUCUUGAGAUUGUGGAGUUUAACGAAGUAUUCGCCGAGACGGAUGAUGACCUCGAAUUCUCCCAUACCAAGGUCAUAACGCAGCGCAAUGGCCAAAUUUUCUCUGCCACGAUCAAAUCCCGAAUUCAGAGAAAAGAAGAAAUCGAUACUUCAAGGCUCAAAAUGACUCCAAUUCCCCAGGAGCACGUCUACCCAAUCCUUCCUACUCAGGCUCCCAGUUCACUUUCUGUCGAUAGAUCGCCGCAUCCAAACGUCGCUAAAUAUUUUGGUUGUCAUAUCGACGAGCGUGGCUUGAUUAUUGGUCUAUGCUUCAAAAAAUACAACAAAACGUUGUAUGAGAUGGUCAAAGGUCGCGAUACACUUGAUGCGCCCAAGUGUUUGAGCAGCAUCAAAGCCGGUAUCGAGCAUCUUCACAGCUUAGGCAUCAUUCAUUGUGAUAUCAACCCGCACAAUAUUUUCUUGGACACGUCAACCUUCGUUAUUGGGGACUUUGACUCAUGUACAUUCGAAGGAGACGAGCUCGGGAUGAAAGCUGGCACUGACGGUUGGACGAAUGAUGAAUUCGAGCUUGCACAGCGUGAGAACGACUGGUUUGGUUUCACAAAGAUUGAAGAAUUUCUUUCCUCUUCGAAGGGACGCAAAUGA